GCCCAGGAGGAAACCUGUUGCAGCCUCUAUUCUGAGGCCUUGCCAAAAGGCUUACGCGGAAGUUACUUCCGCAACGGCCCGGCGAAGUUCAAGGUGGGCGACGAUCAAAUCAUGCAUCCCUUUGAUGGAGAUGGCAUGGCAGCGAAGCCGAGAUCAGAGAGCUGCCUGAACCCACAGAAUGACACGGCGAGAAGCUUCUUCACAGCUGCAGUCCAGGUCUUGGUGGACGAAGAUGCCGUAGGUUCCGUGGUGACUCUGAGCAUCGCCAGCGCCUUCGACGCGCCUUUGGUGCAAGGGCCCUGGCAACUGUGCUUCACCUGGAUGAAGGCCGUGGUACUGCGAAGGCCCAUGGCCAGCAGCGGCAGCUAUGUGUGUCUACCCUCAGUGGCAGAGAUCCUGAGCCCGGGCAACGUGAAAGCCUUUGUGGUGGAAUUGGCAGCUCCAUCCAUGCGGCACUUGUCGGACCUCCCUCGUGCCCUGCACAUCGUGUGCACGGAAGACUCGAAGGAGCAGAUCUACGACGUGCAGCUGGCACUGCCGGGUGAGUCACAGGUGCGCCUGGCUCCCCUGGAGUUGCCGACCUUCCCCGGCGUCCCGCAGGCUGCAGCGGUGUCGCCGCUGCCGACGAUGCCGGGCUUCGCGCUUAGCGCCGGGCUGCAGGCGCCGGUGGAGCUGAAGGCGGUUGCGGAGGCGCAGGCGGCGGCGGAACUGCUGAAGGAGUGGCUCCAGGUAUGGCCUCCUGGCGCGCCAUUGUGGCCGUCUCCUGGUGACGCCUCCGCCCGAAGGACGUGGUCCCUGGGACUCUCCAAAGAGUUGCUGGGCGAGGCCUACGAGCUGCGCAUCGAGGAUGAGUUCCUGGAGCUGCUGGCCGGCACCAAGGAAGGCUUCCUCCGUGGGGUCGCCAGCAUCCGUCAGCUCUUCGGCAUUGCCCUGGCUGAAGGCUGGCCGCGCGUCCCCGCGCAGAUCUUGCGCGACCGGCCGCGCUUCGGACACCGGGGACUGAUGCUGGACGUGGCCAGGCACUUCUUCCCCGUGAGCUUCGUGAAGCGCUUGUUGGAUUGGAUGUUUUUGUACAAACUGAAUGUCUUCCAUUGGCACCUCACUGACGAUGAGGGCUGGAGGUUGGAGAUCCGUUCCUUGCCCAACCUGACAACGCACGGUGCCUUCCGUGGCCGCGGCCACGUCAUCGAGCCACAGUAUGGUGGCGACCCGAGGAGGUAUGGCGGCUUUUAUAGCCACGACGACGUCCGGGAGGUGCUGCGCUAUGCUGAGCAGCGUGGCAUCACCGUGGUCCCCGAGAUCGACGUCCCUGGGCACUGCUACGCCGCCCUGCAGGCGCUCCCAGAGUUGGCCAAAACGGUGGAGAAACGAAAGGCUCCGCGCAGUGUGCAAGGCUUCCGCGGCAACGUUUUGGACGUCCGCGCGGAGGUGACCUUCGCGUUUUUGGAGGCGGUGCUGAUCGAAGUGCUGGAGCUGUUCCCGGGGCCCGUGCACGUGGGGAUGGAUGAGAUUCCAGCCAGGGCUUGGAGCCAACAGCCGGAGGAGGAGGAGCGGCUGAAGGCGAUGCUUGCGGCCUGGCUGCAAGAGUUCCUGGGGGCGCGCGGCCGCGCGAUGCUGGCGUGGGAGGAAGCCUUCUCAGGAAACAGCGGAGUUGUUCCGAACGCAGAUCCCCGGCCAGCAGCGAUGGCAUGGAAAGAUGAUGAGAGAUUUGCAGUGCAGGCAGCGAAUGUUGGGUUGGACAUCAUCUUGUGUCCUGCUCAUUUCUUGUACCUGGACAUCGUGCAGGAUCUCAACUUCGAAGACAAGGGUCUCUACUGGGCAGCCCCUGCCUUGCCCUUGCACCGGGUCUACGACUACGAGCCGCUGGAGCGCCUGAAACGCCUCGGGCUCCGGGCGGAUGCGGUGCAGCGGCUGCGCGGCGUCCAGGCGAAUCUGUGGACGGAGACGGUGGAGUCCGAAGAACGCGCGCAGGAGAUGCUAUUUCCACGACUCCUUGCCGUCGCAGAGCUCGCUUGGACAAUGCCGGAGCGAAAAGUUUGGGAGGAUUUCAAGUUCAAGUUGGGCCCUCAACUGCAGUGGCUGACCCGUGAAGCUUCCCUGCAGCGGUGGAAUUGGCACAAGUUUUUCUUGGCAAAGGCAGAUUUUAUGCGAGUGAAGUCUCCUUCUCUCUGAUGAUCGUCCUUGGAUUGUUCCGAGCAUGGCAUCUCGACAAAGCUGGAGGAACAAACUUGGAGACCUCUGGAGACCUCUGGAGACCACCGAAGAGUGAGAGGCUUCCAAAAAUAUGGCCAAGCAUUUAGGUGGAAGAGGCCAUUUCUGUGGCAGAAGUUGAACUUUCUGUGGCGACCAUUCGGAGCUGUGGCACGAGAGUUAGGCUUCGGGGUGAUGGGAAGCAAGAGCGCCGGCGAUCUGUGGAGCAAGCAACGCUUCAGAGCUGCGACAGUUGAGACGAGCAAGAUGGUCGUUGUUGACUUUUUCGACAUUCAAAAGUGGUGUGCGAUGUGCUUAUGUCAUCAUGUC